UUCAACUCAAAUGCCAAACGACUAUCAAGUAGAAUAUCAAUAUUUAUUCUAGCAAAUUAUGAUUUCCACUUUUACUAAUGAGAAAUGAUUAGCUACGCGUUAUUAUAGACUGUAUAAAUAGUGCGCUCGAUAUAAAUUUUUAAAACUACCAGUUAAACAUGAGUUUCUCGUGCGAUUUGUCGCAAUCAAAUGAAUAUUUAAGUUUUCGAAGUAGUAUUCCUUUGCGAAAAAUAGUCGUUGAUUCUGAUGGAGCCAAGCCUUGGAAAAUAUUCGAUAGUGGACCGAAAUCCCUUUCGUGUCCGAUAAUAUGUCUACCGCCUGUUUCGGGUACUGCUGAUAUAUUUUUUAAGCAAGUUAUGGGACUCGCUUCUCGAGGUAUUCGUGUUAUAGCUGCAGAAUCUCCUCCAUACUGGAAUAUAAAAGAAUGGUGUGAUGGAUUCAAGAAACUCAUUGAUUACCUAGAAUUGGAUAAAGUUCAUAUCUUCGGCACAUCCUUAGGUGGAUUUGUAGCACAGAAGUUUGCAGAGUACACACAUAACUGUCCUAGAGUAGUAUCUCUUGUACUAUGCAACACUUUCACAGACACCUCCGUGUUUGAGUAUAAUGAUUCAGCUGCAUUAUUUUGGCUUUUACCAUCUCUGGUGUUGAAAAGAAUGCUGAUGGGAAAUUUUGUUGCAGAUAAAGUUGAUAAAAGAAUAGCCGAAUCAAUUGACUUUAUGGUUGAAAGGCUGGAGUCCUUAACACAAUCAGAAUUGGCAUCAAGGUUGACACUCAAUUGUACGCCAUGUUACAUUCAGCCCCAAAAACUAUAUGAUAUACCAAUAACUAUUAUGGAUGUUUGGGAUGAAAGCGCACUUAGUUCAAGGGUUCGUGAGGAUCUUUACAAAUCAUACCCGCAAGCUAAACUAGCCCAUCUCAAAAGUGGCGGUAACUUCCCGUACUUGAGUAGAAGUGAUGAAGUCAACUUGCAUUUACUGAUACAUUUAAGGCAAUUUGAUGGCACAGAUAUUUCUGCAUCAUAUCUAAGUUUACACAAAAUGCCCAAUCAGAACCAAAUGAGCACUGAGGAGGGCACAGUAAGUUACUUUAAUCAAAGGGAUAAAAUGGUAAAGAUAUCUUGAGACUUUUCAUUGCGAUUAAAACCGAAUUUAGAACUGCAUCAAAAAUUAAGCUUCUUUGAUGUAGCCAAUAGUCAUUUAAAUAUAUUAAUAUUGAAAAUUCCUAUAUAGAGCUUGAAGGACACAAUUUUUAAAUCUAUGUUAAUGUUAUUAAAGUAAGUUGUAUUUGUAUACAUAUAUUUUAAAUUGACAUGCUUUUAAACACAAUUCAUUGUAUAAAAUAACCAAUCUUUAAUUUCUAAAUACAUAUUUAGUACUUACCUACAAGAAAACACUAUGAAUCUUAUUUCUAUUUUACUUUCAUGAAUACCAUGUUAUUCUUUCUCAAAAAGAGAAAACUUUUAAUUUUCUUGACCAUAUAAUGUCUUAAAUAUACAUUAUAUAUGUAAUAUAUAUAUAUUGAUAGUGUAACCUUAUUCCCUGAACUGCUUAUGAAAUGAAUUCUAAAGCACAGCGUAUUGCCCUGCGCUAAAUGAAUUUAUUUUUCAACUUUGAAUAAGAAAUAACAUUCCUCUAAAUUAAUAAUUCCUAUAGUAAUAACAUGGGAUAAAUAGCAUUUUAAAACAGAAAUUUAAUAACAGUUACAUAUCUUUAUUAGAUUUACCUUUAUUAUAUAUCAGUUGUUCUAAGCUUUGGAUUGAUAAAACACACAAAAGGUUUAUAUAGAUAAGAAUGCACUUUAUAUCAAGCUCAAAUUUUUGAGUCAGGAUGUAGAUUAUUACCAAAAUGACCGCAAACAAUUACGAAGUAAAGAUUAAAUAUACUAUAAUAAGGCCAAGUUAUACUA